UCGGCACGGGUGCGCACUGUGCGUAAAUGUGCCACGGGCUGAAAGUUGCCGUUUCUUUCUUCUACUGUUCUGCCUCAGAUUGGGCGAGAAAUACCGCGCGUGUUGUUGAACGGAGCGAUUGCAUUGUGUUGUUGCCGACCAAAACGAUGCGCAACCGCACAUCUACGGUGGUGGUGAUGAUGCUGAUGUUGCGGGAGACAAACUAAUUGCUUUUGUAUCGCAUAUCGGGGGGAAUGUGUGCAUGCAUUUAUGUCUUGUAAGGGUGUGUGUGUGUGUGUGUGUUCGCGUGGCCGGAUAACAGAUUUGUAGGCUAGAUCGUGGGCUUUGCUUUUCAACAACCCGGUGUAGUUUGUUUCAGCCCGCAGCGACCAUCGGAUUUGACGUGCUCACGAACGCAUGCAUGAGAUAUAUAGAUGGGUAUGCAAGGAUGCGUGUGGUUGGGAAAUGCAUGCGCUUGCAUGCUGCAAACUUAAUGCAUUUGCAUGCACGCACGAUGUACAUAUACCAUAGAUCUGCACAAAUCCAACUUGCAUGCAUGCAUGAAUGAAUGAGAUACCUUCAGAAUGCAUAUGCUUUUAUAAAACCGGCUGAUGCAGUUCCAUGCAGUGUAGUGCACCAAUGGCAUUGUUUACUCGCAGGAGGUGUGCGCAGCCCCGAAGUCAUGUCCAGAUCGGGUGACCGAACCUCCACGUUUGACCCGACUCACAGCGACACUCUGCUGCACGGUCUCAACCUGCUGUGGAGGAAGCAGCUCUUCUGUGAUGUGACUCUCACGGCGCAGGGACAGCAGUUCCACUGCCACAAAGCCGUGCUGGCGUCCUGCUCGCAGUACUUCAGGUCCCUGUUCUCCACGCACAUGCUGAGCAGAGAAGAUGGGUUGGCGGCGAAGGACCAAGGCAGCAGCGGCACCCCGUCCUCCUCCCCCGACGACAAGCUCCUGCCCAGCCCGCGCUCCACCAUCAACAACCUGGUGCUGCAGGGCUGCUCCUCCAUCGGUCUGCGGCUGGUGCUGGAGUACCUCUACACGGCCAACGUGACCCUCUCCCUGGACACAGUGGAGGAGGUGCUCUCCGUCAGCAAGAUCCUCAACAUCCCGCAGAUCACCAAACUCAGCGUGCAGUUCCUCAAUGACCAGAUCUCGGUGCAGAACUACAAGCAGAUCUGCAAGAUCGCAGCUCUGCACGGGCUGGACGAGACCAAGAAGCUCGCCAACAAGUACCUGGUGGAGGACGUGCUCCUCUUGAACUUCGAGGAGAUGUGCGCCAUGCUGGACGCCCUGCCUCCGCCCGUGGAGUCGGAGCUGGCGCUCUUUCAGAUGUCCGUGCUGUGGUUGGAGCACGACAGGGAGACCAGGAUGCACUACACUCCCGACCUGAUGAAGCGCCUGCGCUUCGCUCUCAUCCCUGCCCCGGAGCUGGUGGAGAGGGUGCAGUCGGUGGACUUUAUGAGGAGCGACCCGGUGUGCCAGAAACUGCUCCUGGAUGCCAUGAACUACCACCUGAUGCCCUUCAGACAGCACUGCAGACAGACCACAGCCAGCAGGAUUCGUUCAAACAAACGGAUGCUCCUGUUGGUUGGAGGCCUGCCCCCGGGUCCCGACCGCCUCCCCAGUAAUCUGGUUCAGUACUACGACGACGAAAAGAAGACAUGGAAGAUCCUUACAAUAAUGCCGUAUAACAGCGCCCAUCACUGUGUGGUUGAGGUGGAGAACUUCCUGCUUUUAUUGGGUGGAGAAGACCAGUGGAACCCUAAUGGCAAACAUAGCACUAACUUUGUAAGUCGGUAUGAUCCGAGAUUCAAUAGCUGGAUACAACUACCACCCAUGCAGGAGAGGAGAGCGAGUUUCUUCGCUUGCUGCCUGGAUAAGCACUUGUAUGUUGUUGGGGGAAGGAACGAGACAGGUUAUCUGUCUAGCGUUGAAGCCUUUAACCUUGAGACAAACGAAUGGAAUUACGUUUCGUCUCUUCCACAGCCGCUGGCUGCGCACGCAGGUGCCGUGCACAAUGGGAAAAUAUACAUCUCAGGUGGCGUUCACAAUGGUGAAUACGUGUCUUGGCUGUACUGCUACGACCCCGUGAUGGACGUGUGGGCUCGGAAACAGGACAUGAACACCAAGCGAGCCAUACACGCUCUCGCAGGCAUGAACGACCGCCUCUACACUAUUGGGGGAAACCACUUAAAGGGAUUCUCCCAUCUGGAUGUGAUGCUGGUUGAAUGUUACGAUCCUAAAGCAGAUCAGUGGAGCAUCCUGCAAACACCCAUCUUAGAGGGACGCAGCGGACCUGGGUGUGCUGUUCUUGAUGACAGUAUUUACUUGGUGGGAGGCUACAGUUGGAGCAUGGGGGCUUAUAAGUCAUCCACCAUUUGUUACAGCCCAGAGAAAGGCACAUGGACAGAAAUGGAAGGAGAAGUGGCUGAACCUUUAGCCGGACCGGCCUGUGCCACAGUCAUACUGCCAACCUGUUUACCAUUUAACAAAUAACUAUAUAGAACGCCGAAUAAUGCGGCCGAGAAGAGGAAAAACCUGUCGGGAUGGAAAGUCAAUCGCUAAACGAAUCAAAUAAAUGAGGAGACUCUCCCUAUGGAACGCC